AUGCCUUCAUCCUCCCCUCAGGGCACUCCAGAGCGCUCACAGAAGAAGCGAGAUCGCGAUCCAGACACCGACGAAUCAGAUAGCAAAAAACGCCGAAGGAAGGAAAGGAAGGAGAAGAAGAAGGAGAAGAAGAAGGAGAAGAAGGAGAAGAAGAAGGAGCAGAAGAAGAACGAGAAGUCCUCCCCUUCCUCGUCUCGCAAAGAGCAGCUCAUCUCGCAAAGAGCAGAAAAGCCUCCAGCCUAUCCCAGAAGAGAUAGAAGAGACACCCCCGCCGCAGUCGUCGUCUUCCCGGAAGCAUCCCCGAGUGGUUUCAAGCUCCCGACAGCACUCGUCACCGCCCCCUCAGCACUCGUCACCGCCCACUCGGCACUCGAGACUCUUCCCAAAAGAGCACAGCAGCAGGCCCAGCAGGCCCAGCAACACACUCCGCAAAGCGACCAGCAGCAGGGACAGCAGCAGGCCCAGCAGCAGGCCCAAAACCCCAAGGAGGACGAGCACUUCAACGAGUCUCCAGCACUUCCCCAGAAUUGGGCAGCUCGCCGCCACAACCUUGGUGCCCCUGCUCCAGAAGCAGUCACCAGUGCUUCACAGAGCUCUCAAUCCCGACGUCGCCGUCGGCUACCAAUACCUAGUUCCCCUCCACCGGCAGAGCAGAGGCAAAGCCGCAGAGAUCGUGCCCCAGAAACUCCCUCGCGUGCUCAGGUAGCAUACGCCAGUGCUCCAGAAGCAUCAUCCCCAAUCUCUCAAGCCCGAUACCCCGGCAGAAUGACUGAGGCAAACAAAGCAAAGAUGGCUUUAGGUUUGAUCAACCUCCCUAAAUUGUACACUAACAUCCGCAACAGCCUCAAAGCGGAGAUGCAGAACACCGGUUGGGUCAACAAAACCGUUUCCGGAGCAGCAGCGUUCAAUGCUCUAUGCCUCCAUGUGUUGAACAUACGCCCUCUCCGUGGUUUCCUGCCUAUGUGGAACGGAGGCGAUUCCGCAACCCGCAGAGCACUCGCGGACGCUUUGAAGUGGCUCAUCGGUGAUGUUGGGCAGAAGGAAAAGCUAUCGAGGGGGCAGGGAAAUCGCAAGUAUAAAGAAGUUACUGACGAUAGCGAUGAUGAUGAGGACGGUGGUCUGCCCGCCCAACGCUCUAAGAAGCGUAAACUGGACCCAGUGUCCACAGAUCUCGAUAGACCUUCCAUAAUGGUUACGGUGGUAGACCCGGAUGCUCUAGGAGCAUUCUCCAGGGUUGCCCCGCCCCCUAUCUAUGACUGGAACUAUCGACGAAAUCAGAAUUCGUUCAUUGGAGUUCUGAUCAAGAUAACGUUUCCAGGGCUCUGCAAUUUGAUCCUGAAGCACACCCCACCCGGCAGAGCAAUCAGGAGUAUCUGGGGAGCACUCGAUAACGUUCCACCGGCAUCCAAUCCUCCUGUUCGGCCGAUGGAGGUGCAGAUCACCGAUUCGGAAGAGGUCGAGGGUUGGUUGAAGAAUAGCGUUGGCAGGCCUCGGAGGAUACUGGCGGUACUCCACAGAGCGGGCGCGGGUGCUAAUUUGGGUGGUGCUGAAACACCGCCGCUGACAAGAGCAUUCCCUCAUAUCGAGGGAGACGAUUACACCACGAUCGAUAUUCCAGCAGAGGACUCUGAUUACGAGGAGGGAAAUCACCGCAUAAAUGCUAAAGGACUGAGGGUAUAUUUGCCCAGAACUGAUGCCAGUAAUCAAAGGCUAAUCCAGACUCUUGUUAGACGUCGCGAUAGACAGCAGGAUGCUAUCGACGACUUAGACCCCAAAUACCUGAGGAAGUAUCCUCUGGGUGUAGGGGUUGCUGACGCAAACUUUGCACAGGGAGUAAUCUGGACGCCUGCCGGGAUAGCAGCCAAGAGAGCUGCUGACGUACUCGCGGCUGCUGCUGGAGGCAGUGGUGGUGGUGGUGGUGGUGGUGGUGGUGGUGGUGGUGGCAAUCCUCCUCCGGGCGGUGGUGGUGGUGGUGGUGGUGGUGGUGGUAAUCCUCCUCCGGGCGGCGGUGGUGGUGGUGGUGGUGGUGGUAAUCCUCCUCCGGGCGGACCUCCUCCUCCUCCUCCUCCUCCUCCUCCUCCUCCUCCUCCUCCUCCUCCGGGCGGACCUCCGGGCGGUGGUGGUGGUGGUGGUGGUGGUGGACCUUCUGGAGGCGGUGGUGGAGGCGGUGGUGGUGGUGGUAGUGGAGGUGGUGGGCCAGCUGGAGACGGUGGAGGUGGUGGUGGUGGUGAUGGUGGUGGGCAUCAUUAG